UCUCUCUCUCCUCAGCGGCUCUCAUCCUUUCACUAUCGAGAAAGUCUGGAAUAAUUCAAAAUGACUUCCAUCAUAUCCGUUAUUUCUUUAGUCGCUCUGGUCGGAAUAUGCUUGGCAGAAGCAAAUUACUUGCCACCGUUAAAUGGAAAUGGCAACGGCAACGGUAAUGGAAAUGGUAAUGGCGUCAAUGGCAAUGGAGUAUUCGGAAAUGGAAAUGGCAAUGGCGGAUAUAGCAAUGGUAAUGGCGUGAAUGGAAAUGGCGUUUAUGUAAAUGGAAAUGGGAAUGGUGCCAAUGGAAAUGGAAAUGGCGUAAAUGGUAAUGGCGGAUAUACCAAUGGUAAUGGCGUGAAUGGUGUGAAUGGAAAUGGCGCUUAUAGAAAUGGAAAUGGCAAUGGUGUAUAUGUUAAUGGAAAUGGUGCAAAUGGUAACGGAAAUGGUGUAAACGGAGGAUAUCAGAACGGAAAUGGAGUGACCGUGUACGCCAAUGGCAUUGUGGAUCCGUUCAGAGCUCUAGCUGAUGCCAUUGGCGGUGGAGGCGUCCCAGGUGUGGACUACCCCAUCCUGGCCUUCGUCCCCGACACCGGGUUCUCGUGCAACGGCCAACUUCCUGGAUAUUACGCUGAUACUUCUGCCGAGGCUGGCUGCCAGGUGUUCCAUAUCUGUCAGGCAGAUGGUAGGAUCGACUCGUUCCUUUGUCCCAACGGCACAGUCUUUAAUCAGCAAUACUUCGUGUGCGAUUGGUGGUACAACUUUGACUGUUCGACGGCUGAACAGUUCUACGGUUUGAAUGCUGAGAUUGGCAAGGUGAAUGGAAAUGGCUACACGAAUGGCAAUGGUUACACGAAUGGCAAUGGAUAUACCACUGGUAAUGGGAAUGGCGUUAUCAACGGUAAUGGAAAUGGCUACAGCAACGGCAACGGGAAUGGAGUUAUCAAUGGUAACGGAAAUGGCUACAGCAACGGCAACGGGAAUGGAGUUAUCAAUGGUAACGGAAAUGGCUACAGCAACGGCAACGGGAAUGGAGUUAUCAAUGGUAACGGAAAUGGCUACAGCAACGGCAACGGAAAUGGAGUUAUCAAUGGCAAUGGUAACGGGAAUGGCUACACCAACGGUAACGGAAAUGGUUACACCAACGGCAAUGGUAAUGGAAAUGGCUACACCAACGGCAACGGGAAUGGAGUUAUCAAUGGUAACGGAAAUGGAUACACCAACGGUAACGGAAAUGGAUACACCAAUGGCAACGGGAAUGGACUUAUCAAUGGCAAUGGUAAUGGUAACGGAAAUGGCUACACCAACGGUAACGGAAAUGGCUACACCAAUGGCAACGGGAAUGGAGUUAUCAAUGGCAAUGGUAACGGAAAUGGCUACACCAACGGAAACGGGAAUGGCAAUGGUAACGGAAAUGGAUACACCAACGGCAACGGGAAUGGAGUUAUCAAUGGCAACGGUAAUGGAAAUGGAUACACCAACGGUAAUGGUUAUACCAAUGGCAACGGCAAUGGUAAUGGAAAUGGCUACACCAACGGCAACGGGAAUGGAGUUAUCAAUGGUAACGGAAAUGGAUACACCAACGGAAACGGAAAUGGAUACACCAAUGGUAACGGGAAUGGAAACGGAAAUGGCUACACCAAUGGUAAUGGAAAUGGUAUUGCCAAUGGUAAUGGAAAUGGUAUUGUCAAUGGUAAUGGAAAUGGAUAUACGAAUGGAAAUGGUAAUGGGUACAGCAAUGGCAAUGGUAAUGGUGCUACCAACGGCAACGGUAAUGGAAACGGCAAUGGUAAUGGUAAUGGGAACGGUAAUGGAUAUUAUUAUGGUGCUCCCUAAUGGUAACGGGAAUGGUAACGGUGGAGCGACAAAUGGUAAUGGCAUUAAUGGACUCUAUCAGACGCCGAGUUUCUAAACGACGACUCCUAUUUCCUUUCUCUAUCUCGCUUUCUAUUUUUUUUCUUUUUACGAAUGUAACAAAGAAAACGAAUCCGUUUAGAGGGACGACUUAUGUAAUGUAUUUUAUGCCUCAGUGGUCAUGACUGUAGUCAUUUGCAGGAUCUUAGGCCAUAGAAAGUGAAACAUUUUAGUUUUGUUUUUAUUGUACUUAAACAAAUGAAAAUUUAAUCUGUUGAAAUCAACUGGAUAGUGUUUGAAUUGGUUAUGACGACUUUCCCAAUUGUUCCGUAGCAUUCUAGUUUCUGUAUCAGAAUGUUUCACUUUGAGUGGUUUACCAAAUUUGUACACGUGUGCCAUAAUGUUUGAUAUGUAAUGGCUUGUAUGUUUAUUAUAUGAUAUAGACUAUAUAUAUUUUGCAUAUAAAAUUUAUUAAUUUGCA